AUGAACGUCCUUCUGAUUUUGUUUUUCAUAUUUAUAUUUAUUUAUUCAUGUGUAUCGUGGCUGUUGCCGAAUUUACUGGCAUGGCUGUUUAUGAGAAAGUACAAUAUAAAACUGAAGAUAGGGAGGAUUGCGGUGCCCAAGUUGAUAUUAAAAGAUGUAAGCCUAUCGAAAGAAAGAUAUUCAAUUCACAUAGAUGAAAUAUCUUUUCAAAGCAGUUGUUUUAACUCUGAGAUCAACAAACUAGUAUCCGUGGUCAUCCGUGGGGUUGACAUCACUAACAAUGUGGAAGAAAAGAGGAGUGUGGUGGUGGAAACUAUCCUCAAACCUUUACUCUCUAAACAGAACUCUACCUCCAGAGAGGGCUGUGAUGAUAUGUCUACCAAUUUUAAUUUGGAGAAUAAUCUCAAUAGGAUAGCAACACAGAAGCUGUUGGAUUUUCGGGAUAAAAAGCUGCCUCAUAGUUUAACUAUGUUUGCACAGCAUAUAGUGGGUAUUUCUCAUCAAAUUUCGAAAUUUGAUUCCCGAGUCAAUAGUACCGAGUCAUAUGCAUUAACUAAAUGCCGAUUUCUUCUCAACCGUAGGUACAUAUAUGUGGAAGAAAAAUGCCACGACCAAAGAAAUUGA